AUGAUAGCGACUUCAGCCGGUACAGGUAUAGAGGAUAUAAUACCGCCAGAAGAUGAGUUGUCUGAUGCCAUGUAUAGGAAUGCGAAACUAGACUUUUUUUUCCCAGUGCAACAAGCCACUACCACCAAGAAUCCACCAUCACCAUUACCAACACUGUUAGAUGUCAGCAGCAGCAGCGGCAGCAGCAGCAGCAGAAAGUAUCAACCGCAGUGGAAAUUGCUUCGAACUCUUGUAGGAGCACACCAAGGAUGGGUAAGAACUGUGGCCAUCGACGAAGUAACGAAUCAAUGGUUUGUAACAGGAUCAUCUGAUUCAACAAUCAAGAUUUGGGACUUGGCAUCGCUGCAAUUGAAAGGCACAUUAACUGGUCAUAUUAUGGCGGUGCGAUCACUUGCAGUGUCCAAUAAAUUUCCGUACUUGUUUUCUGGGUCUGAAGACAAGACAUUGCGAUGUUGGGACAUGGAAAGGCUGAAUGCGCCUGAGGGUUGUCAGAUCCGAAAUUAUCAUGGUCAUGUUGGGGGUAUCUAUGCUUUGUCAUUACUCGAUGAAUUGGGCUUGCUUCUAAGUGGAGGAAGGGAUGCUGUGGUACGAGUGUGGGAUAUUCGAACUAGCAAAGAAGUGGCUUUAUUAACGGGCCAUACAAAUGACGUGACAUCAAUAAUAUCAGACGUCAACGAGCCACAAGUAAUCACGAGUUCAAUGGAUGGCACAAUAAGAGUGUGGGAUUUAAGAAAUCAAAAAUCAACUCUUAGUGUAACCCAGCAUUCGAAAAGUAUACGUUCAAUGAAAGCGCAUCCAAAUGAGUACACUUUUGUAUCCGGUGAUUCUAAUGGCAGUAUAAAGCAGUGGCUUUUACCAAAAGCAGAGUUGUUGAACAAUUUUGAAAAUGAUAAUGACGAAAAGAGCAAAAUAAUAAACACUCUAUCUAUUAAUCCUAUAACCAGCACAUUAUUUGCUGGAUUUGAUGACGGCAAAAUGAAUUUUUAUGAUUACACACUGGGGAAACUACUUCAAACAGGCCAAACUCCAUCCCUUCCUGGAUCUGAUGGCGCUGCCAUAUAUGCAUCCACCUUUGACAUGUCUGGACUUAGAUUGAUAACAUGCGAGGGUGAUAAAAGUAUAAAAGUCUGGGGUGAUGCAGCCAAUGAUUAA